AUUAAUUGAUAAGUAAUGAUUGGAAAUCAAUAACAUAUAAUGUAUCAACAAGUAUGUUUCAGAUAGUAAGUGGUUACAUAUGCACAGAUCUAAUGUCAAUGCUUAAUUUACAUUUUAUGGGUCAAUAUACAGACAAAUAUCAAACAGCAGCAUAUGGGAUUGCAUGGAUGAUAAUUUAAUUACUUUUUGUUCCAUUAGGAUUAGGUAACACAUUAUCAAUAUUUUAGGAAUCAAUCAAGGAUUGAAUAAUUAGGUAUCUCAUGCUUUAGGAUAGAAUAAGACCAAGCUUUCUUAAACCUACUUAAAUUUUGCUAUAUAUACUAUCAUAUUCAUUUCAGUACCCUUUUUUGUUUUGAUUUACAAUUCAUAAUAUAUGGUUCAAUUCAUUAUCUAAGAGGAAACUGAAAUCAUAACAUAAUUCGCAUGGUAUAUAUAAUGAAAUAAACAAGCAUCUCAGGUAAAUGAUCAUUCCUUUAUUUAUGGCUGCAUUUAUACUCUUAUAAAUUGAAUGCUUGAAAUAAUAUCUUGUUGGAUGUAGGGUUUUUCAACCUUUUCCAUUUAUUUAUGCUUCCACUCUUGUAUUCCAUUUAACUACAUGUAUAAUUCUAUUUUUAAUAUGCAACCUGGGUUACAUAGGUUUGUGUGCAUCCAUUAUUUUGAGCGAAGUAAGCAAAUUUUUAUUAUACUAAGUUAUUUACAUUAUUCAUGUUGAUCAGAUACAUUUACAAGAAUCCUGAAGUGUAUAAUUUGAUAGCAAACUUUGAAUUCUCUUGUCAAAUAUUUUCAUUUAGAGAUACCUAUGUAAUGUUCAUUAAGGAGUCUAUUCCUUUGAUUCUCCAUGUUUAUGCUGAUUUCAUAGUUUUUUACAUUCUAUCAAUUGUUGCCUUUUCUUUAGGAGUUAAUUAAGCAAAUGCUCAACUUGGUUUUGCUAAUACAAGUUCAAUAUAUUUCAAAUUUCCAAUAAGUUUAUCAGUAACUUUGAUGUCUUAUGUUGGAAAUAGUUUAAGUAAAAUUGUAUAUUAACAGAGGUCAACAUAAAAUUGAAUUAGCAAAAUAAUAUAUAAUUAGUGGUAUGUGUGUUUAAAGUGUAGUGCUUAUUUCAUUAAUAAUAGGCCUAACUAUAUUUAGAGAAUAAUGGAGUCAGAUUUAUUCAUCUGAUUUGUAGAUCUAAGAAAUCAUGUUAAAUACUCUUCCAUAUUUUCUCAUUGGAAGUGUUUGUUUUGAUGGAAUUCAAGGAGCCUUAUCAGGAGUCUUAAAGGGAGUGAAUAAAUCAACAAUUGUAUCUAAUUAAACCAUGAUAUCCUAUUAUAUCAUAGGAGUUCCAAUGGUUUUAGUUUUGGCUUACAUCUUUAAACUCUAAUUAAUUGGUAUUUGGUUAGGUUUUGGCCUAUGUAAUUUCUAUUUGACUAUCAUAUUUCUAUAUGUCCUAAAAGAUCUAAAUUGGAAUGAAUAAGCUGAUCUUAUUACCUAAAAGCUUCAGAAACAUGAAACUUGUCUUGGAGACAUAGAUUUACCUUUAAUUUAAAAAUAACAACAAUAAUGA